GGGGUGGGAGCGAGCACCUCGCGCGCGCUCCAGCUCUGCCCAGCCUAACCCAGGCGAGAGAGCACGCGCUCACGCGCGCGCCACUCCCCCUCCUCUCCGCACCCUCUACUACCCCUCUCCCCGGCCUCCGGAGUUCGAAGGGCUCGGGUCUUCUCCGCCCGCUCCGCCUCAGCCCCCGCGCCCCGCGCGCCACGCCUGCUCCUGCGCGCGUGCCUGCCUAGCCUCUCGGCUUUGCCCCUGGCAGCACUGCUUCGCUGCGGGGAGGGCGACCGAAGAGCAAGAGGAGGGAAUCCCCUGCUCUGGCCUGGGGGCAGGGGGCGGGGGGAGUGGCGUCCGGGCUUUCCCUUUGCUGCAGCCUUCGGCCGCCCCGAAGUUAGGAGGUUCGAACCCAGGAGGAGGAGGAGAAGAAGGAGGAGGAGAAAGAAGCCGAGGGGCUUGCUGGCCGCUUCUGCACUUUUUGGCCACCUCUUUCCCCUUCAUUGCUCUCUUUCCGCACCCCCUCCCCUUAUCUCACCAUGGAUGAUAAGCCUUUGCUGCAGGAGAGACCCCCUGCUUACAACCUGGAGGCCAGCCAGAGCGACUACGCUUACGGGCGGCACAACUACGGGGCCAUCCCGGUCGCCCCUACCCAGCCUGGGCUCCAGCCGGGGUUCCAGCCGGGCUUCCAACCCGGCUUCCAGCCCCCGCCGCCCUACCCUUACAACGUUGCAGGUCGGGCUUCAUAUGCACCUCGGCCCUACAACAUUCCACAACAAGGUAUGGUUCAGCCUGUCAGUACCAUAGUAGUCGUCGGAGGCUGUCCAGCAUGCAGGUAUGGUAGCUCUAUCUACACUGAAUUAUUGUUAUUAUUUUUUAAAGAGAGUGACUUCUUAUUUUACAUAAGUUUUCUUCCUACCUG